AUGAAAAUUCUAAGCUCUCUCCUAUCCAUCUCCCUCUUCUCCUCCUUAGCCUUCCUCCUCCUCCCCCACCCACGCCCCGCCACAGCCACCGCCACCGCCACCCCCGUCCACCAGAACACUUCCCACUCCCACACCGCCGCCGACGCGGCCGCCUUUGCCCGAGUCAUGUGUCAGAUCAAAGCAAAAUCCUCCAACUCAUCCACUGCCGCCGGCGCCAACGCUGAUUAUGUUGUCUCGAGCUGCAAAACCACCCAGAGCACCGCCAACCUCUGCACCUCCUUGCUCAUCCCCUUCGCGGAAGACGUCAGUGGGAACCCCGCGACUCUGGCGUGCGUCGCCAUGGCUCUCUCUGCCUCCACGGUCCGCGCCAUCAAGGCCAAUAUCACCCAAAUCCGGAAAAAGGCGGACGCAAAGACGGACGCCGCCUUAAACGACUGCUCCACCACCUUCAACUCCGCCGAAGGAGCGAUAAAGAAGUCGGCGAAGAUGACGAUCCUGCUCCUCAGUCAGGCAACGAAGGGAAAAAAGCUUAACAGCACCAUAAGUAACGUGAGGACGUUGAUGAGCGCAGCCCUCACGGACGAGAACACGUGCAUGGAAGGAUUCGGAGAGGUGGCGCCGAAGACGGAUAAGAGGAGGGCGACGUUGAAGAAGAUUGUGGGCAAUGCGGUGGGGCAGACGCAGAUUGCGCUGGCCAUCUUUGAGCUUUACGCUAGAAAACUACUUAGCACUUAA